GAACGGUGAGACAUGGCGGAGUUUGUUGCCUAACACACAGAGAGCGAGGGCUCUUAGGGAGUUUUAAACACUUUCCAACAUGUCGAAAUCACUUGUUUUCAGGACUACAAUGUCUUCGAAACGUGUGCGGAGUGGAGCUUAAAGAGGCAGAGCCGUCUUUUUUGUCGGGAAGGACGGAGCGGCGGUAGGGAAAAUGUGUUGUCAUUUUCGUGCAGUCAACAGCCUUGGGCAACAAAUAUGGCUACUUCUUGUGUAUCCUUCAAUUCGGGUUGAAAACCGUCCCGACUGGGCCGAAGGGGAUAGUUUCAGGGAGUUACGACAGUAGCACGAAGUGAAGUUGACUAGGCACUAGAAACGUAAAGAAGCUGGAUUUGUCCCGAAGCUGAUUUUGCUGGUUAAACCGACGCGGAGCUAAACAGAGAUGGAGCCCAAGCAUAAAGAGUUGUUGGAGAAAUGUUACCAGAACUUGGUGGAGUCGAUAACAGAUGCGGACCGAGUUGUGGAUGUUUUGGCUCACUGCGGGACCCUCAGCCAGUCUGAACGCUACGAGCUGGGACACAAUUGCUCCUCCAACGCGGAAAAAGUGGACCUUCUCCUGAAGAUACUGAUAAGUAAGGAGAGAGACCAUUUCGCCGAGUUUUGCACGGCCCUGGAGAAGACGCACCCUCACCUGCACUCGGUACUGCUCAAUGGCUCCGGACCAGUGGACCACACAACUGGGUCCACUUACAGCAUCCUGUCCACCAUGCCGUCGGACUCGGAAAGCAGCAGCUCUCUCAGCAGCUUAGGUACUCCCGGUCCAGCCUCCUCCCCUCCGCCCGCUCACAUGGACAGCCACCAGGUGAACGAGAAGAUGGAGACGGUUCUGUUCCAGCUCAGACAUGUGACCCGCGAGAGGGACGAACUGCGUAAACGUCUGGCGCUCUCUUCACCUGGAACCACCUUCGAUGACUGCAGACCAAACUCAAAAGCAGGUCAUGACUACGAGCGGCUGAAGCUGCAGUGCAUGAAAGCCAUGGCGGACCUGCAGUCCCUGCAGAACCAGCACAGCACCACCCUGAAGAGGUGCGAGGAGGCUGUGAAGAAAGCCGACUUCUACCACACGCUGCACAGCCGUCUGGCCAGCGAGCAUGCCCAGCUGAAAGAUGAGCUGGAGGCGAUGAGACAGGACAACAUCCAGCUGGUGAGGGAGCACAACCACGUGAAGCAGGCCUGCGAGGAGCUGCGGAGGCUGCACGACGACGGCCAGAGGGAGGUGGCAGAAAUGAGGAUGCUGCACCAGCAGGUGAUGAGAGAGGGGUCAUCUGAGGUCCUCAGCAAGCUUUACGACACUACUGCGACCAAGUUGGAGACCGUGAAGAUUGAGUACGAGGCUCUGAGGAAGCGCUACAACGAUAACACGGCGGGUCACAACGCAGACCUGAGUCGCCUGGAUCAGGCCGAGGAGGAGAACCACCGGCUGCAGAAACAGCUGGACAUGCUGCUGAAGCAGAGAGACGCAGCCAUCCACUAUCAGCAGCAGUGCUCCUCCUCUAUAAGAAGGUUUGACAACACGCAGCAAGAACUGUCCAAGGCCUCCUCCCAGAACAAGGAGCUGCAGCGGGAGAUGGAGCGGCUGCAGUCAGAGGCGACCCGGCUGAAGACGCAGCAGCUCAAGGCGGCCAAAGACGGCGAGAAAUACAAAGAGGAGCGGGACUCUGUGAUCAACGAGUACCGGCUGAUCAUGAGCGAGCGGGAUCAGGUGAUCAAAGAGGUGGACAGGCUUCAGACCGGCCUGGAGAUGGCAGAGGCCAAGCUGAAGAACACUUCCUCAGAGAGACGGGUGGCCAGCGAGGAGCUGGAGGCUCUCAGACAGGAGCUGGCCUCAGCGCUGGUGGACAGGGACCGGGCCAUCUGUGAAAAGAACGAGCUACUGGAGAAAUACUGCCACGAGGUGAAGGACAAGGCCGAGGCCCAGAAAGAGCUGAGCCAGGCCUGCAAGGACAUGGAGACGGUACGAGAGGAGAGGGACGUGGCCCGCAAGGAGAGGACGGAGGCCAUCAUCCAGAGGGACCAGCUGCUGCGAGAGUAUUACCAGGCCAGACAGAAAGAAGACUCUGCCACUCUGGACAUGGAACGAUCCAACAAGGAGAUCGAUAUUCUGAGGAAGCAGUACGAGGCCAUCUCUCAGGAGCUGAAGGAGGCCGUGCAGGAGGCCGAGGUAGCCAAGUGCCGACGAGACUGGGCAUUUCAGGAGAGGGACAAGAUAGUGGCAGAGAGGGAGAGCAUACGCACGCUGUGUGACAACCUGAGGCGCGAGAGGGACCGAGCUGUGAGUGAUCUGGCAGACGCUCUGAGGAAUCUGGAUGACACCAGGAAGCAGAAGAACGACGCUGCGCGGGAACUCAAAGAACUAAAGGAAAAGAUGGAAGAUCAGUUAGAAAAGGAAGCGAGGUUUCGUCAGCUGAUGGCUCACAGUUCACAUGAUUCAGCCAUCGACACAGACUCGAUGGAGUGGGAGACGGAAGUUGUAGAAUUUGAAAAGCACAGGGACAUGGAUUUGAAAGCACUUGGGUUUGAUAUUGCUGAAGGGGUAAAUGAUCCUUAUUUACCAGGAGAUUGUGGCAUAUUUGUCAGUAAGGUGGAUAAAGGAAGUAUGGCUGAAGGAAGAUUAAGGGUGAACGAUUGGUUGUUGAAAAUAAAUGACGUGGACCUGACCAAUAAGGAUAGGAAGCAAGUGAUUAAAGUGGUGGUGAGCGGCGAGGGAGUGAUUAAUAUGGUGGUCCGCAGAAGGAAGAGUCUGGGAGGACGGAUCAUCACUCCAAUCCAGAUAAACCUGGCAGGAAACAAAGACAGUGGCAUAGGUCUGGAAAGUGGAGUGUUUGUUGCCACUUUGGCCCCAGGCAGUCCAGCUGCCAGAGACUGCGCUCUUACUGUCGGGGAUAGACUGUUAGCUAUCAAUGGCAUUGCACUUGAUAACAAGUCGCUCUCUGAAUGUGAGACUCUGCUGAGAAACUGCCGUGAUUUUCUCAGCAUCUCCCUCAUGAAGUUCCUCCCACAGAGCUGUUCCGGCCAGAGUUUAUUUGAAGGUUUGAGAGACUCAGAAAAGAUCUCUCGUCUCCAGUCCUGUGAGAUCCACGCCAGGACCUGCAGGAACUCCAAGCACAACUGCUCUAAGCACAACUGCUCCACACAGACAGACAUUUGCAGCUGUGACUUGGGCAGCAGAGGGGAUGAAGUGUGUAAGGAUGCAUGUGACUCUCCAGACAGUAGCGACAGCAGCUCUCACUGCCUCCAGAAGCCUUUUCCCAGCAGCUCUGUGCACUCCCGCUCCCUUUCCAGCUCCCACAGUCCCUCAGAGCCCCACCCAGACUUCUGCUACAGGAGGCCGGAGCUCCACCAUCGCCCCUUCACCUUCACCCCCGUGCCCUCCGACUGCAGCUCUCCUCAGACGGCUGUGGACCGAGUGCAGAGCUCAGCAGGGAAGCCCAGCGGAGGCACGUGGCCUAAAGUCAUAGCGGUAGCUUCUAUUACUGAAUGUGCCCAGCUCUCCAUCUACAAAAAAGUCAAGCAAAGGAAGUCCAUCUUCGAUGUGCAGGGUUUCAGGAGACCCGAGCCGUCCCCGAAACUGGACUACAUGUCUCUUUCUCAGAUACCCAAGCACUCCCCGCAGAGCUCGAUAUCUGAGGCCCCUCCCACCCCGCCAGCCAGGAGCGACUCGUUCAGGUUCAAACAUCGCCAGCAGAACAGCUCGGCGUCAGACUCCACCAUCACCACUGCCACUCCACCUGAAUCCCCAGUCCAAGCUACAAGUCCACAGGACGGGGGGGAGGCAGGGAACCAGCUCUACUACACCAACGCUCCUCCAGGAGAGACCACGAGUGGCGCCAAAAAAACUCCUGACAACGAAGGGAGUCGUCGCAGAGCAGAGGAACGGCAGAAGAGGAGGUACCGGCCAAAAUCGGCGCCUGCACUGCGGCCAAGAGUUACUCCAUUACACAUCCCUCUUCCCAUGCAGAUACAGAGUUUCUCUAAUGACGAGCACUCCCCAGAGCCAAUGGACUUGUUGCGCUUCUCUCCCAGGCGAACUAAUCGGUACAGCAUGCCCUUUGCACCCCCCAGCUACGGCAGCGUCCCAUCAUAUCCAGCACAACGAGGUUUAGCCCCAUGUCCAGCUGUGACGGCUGUGAUAAAGAACCCGGUGUACACUGCUUGGAGCCAUGAGAUCCAGAACAACAACAACCCUCCUCCAGCCCCCAGCUCGGGAGUCCACCUACAUCCACACACAAGCCCCCAGCAUCAGGUUCGCCACAGCCUGGACCUCAGCCACAAGCGCACUGGGGACUCGACUGAAACGAGCGUCAGCCAACCACCGCACAGCACAAACUCCCUGCCAUCCAGCGCCAGACUGAGCUCCUUCAAUACUUUACAGUUCAGGGCAGAACGCAUAAAAAUCCCUCCAACUCGGUAUCCCCGCUCCACUGGAUCUGAAAGAGGCUCCCUCUCACAUUCAGAGUGUAGCAGCCCGACGCCUCCAAUGUCCCCUGUCAACCUGGAGACAUCGUCUUUCAUCAGCAGCCAAUCGCAGAGCUCCAUCUCCACCCAGCCCAGGAUAUCAGUCAGCCCCGCUCCAGCUGGUGACAGGCAGAAGGAAGGGCCGUACUUGGAGGAGCCGCGCAAUGUGACUGUUCAGAAAGGAGCAGAACCUCUGGGGAUCUCCAUAGUGAGUGGAGAUAACGGGGGAGUGUUUGUGUCCAAAGUGACAGCAGGCAGCAUCGCACAUCAAGCUCGCUUAGAGUACGGAGACCAACUCCUAGAGUUCAAUGGAAUCAACCUUCGCAAUGCCAACGAGCAGCAGGCGCGGCUUGUGAUCGGGCAGCAGUGUGACACAGUCACCAUUUUGGCUCAGUAUAAUCCUCACAUGUUUCAGCUGGGCAACCACUCUCGUUCAGGUUCUCGUAUGGAGUCCAUCAGCAACCAGCCGACCCCCCAGGACAGCGGAGCCACCACCCCCGACAAUCACUCCAUCGUCGACACACUGAGUGAGCAGGACGAGGGCACCAUGACGCCGCCGUCCAAACAAACCACUCCCGCCACCAGCCCUCAAAGCUCCUUCAGGCUUCCUGGUUCCGGUACGUGGCGGGCUGCCGAGCCUCGGCUGGUGAGGCUGAAGAGGAUCCAGGUGGAGAUGGGAGUUCAGGUCUGUGGAGGAAACCUUUACGGCGUCUUUGUGGAGAGUCUGGAUGAUGACAGCCCUGCUAAGUGUCCUGAUGGCCUGCUGCCUGGAGACUUGAUACUCGAGUACAAUGGAAUCAGCAUGAAGAACAAAACUAAAGAGGAGGCUUACCUGGAAAUGUUAAAACCAGCUGAAACAAUCACAUUCAAGGUCCAGAACUGUGUGGACAACCUCUCUGCGAUCAAAGAGGCCCCGGGAGAUGGAUUUUUCACAAGAGCACUUUAUGAGAGGGUGGCAGAGGCAGAGCAGGAACUGAGCUUUAAGAAAGAUGACAUCCUCUAUGUUGAAGAUACGCUACCAAAUGGCAAUUUUGGCUACUGGAUGGCCUGGCAACUGGACGAAAAUGCACAGAAGCUCGUAAAGGGGCAGAUCCCAAGUAAAUACAUGAUGGACCAGGAUUUCUACAAGAGGCACGGCAUGGCCGAUAUGAAAGACGAUAACGGCACCAACAAGUCUCUGUCGGCCGCGGCACGGAGAUCCUUCUUCCGCCGCAGGCUGAAGCACAAACGCAGCGGAUCCAAGGACGGGAAGGAGCUGAUGGUUCUGGACGCAAUAAGCACAGAUUCUUUACCCAUCACAGAAGACGGAGUGAGCCUGAUGUACCAGCGGGUUCAGAGGGUGGAGUGCUCUUUCCCCAGACCCGUGCUGAUCCUGGGUCCGUUAGUGGAGUCCAGUAAGGACAUGUUGGUGAAGGAGGCUCCUGCUCAGUUCUGUCGCUGUCUGCCUGAGAUCAUGAAGGCAUCUCAGCAGGCGAUAGAGCGCGGAGUAAAGGAUUGUGUUUUCAUCGACUACAAACGGAGGAGUGGCCAUUUCGAUGUGACAACUGUAGCAUCAAUAAAAGAGAUAACAGAGAAGGACUGUCACUGUUUACUUGACAUUGUCCCUCACGCCAUCGAGCGUCUUCACAGCGUUCACAUCUACCCAAUCGUCAUAUUCAUUCGCUACAAAAAUGCCAAGCAGAUAAAAGAGCAGAAGGACCCUCUGUACCUGCGGGAUAAACUCUCACAGAAACAUUCCAAGGAGCAGUUUGAGGCGGCACAGAAAAUAGAGCAGGAGUACAGCCGCUUCUUCACAGGCGUUGUCCAAGGAGGCAGCGUCUCCUACAUUUGCACUCAGGUCCUGACCAUCGUGGAGCAGGAGCAGAGUAAAGUACUGUGGAUUCCAGGUGGAGCACCGUAGUCUCGACUGUCACUGCACGUCACUCCGAGCAGAAGAGAAGGGGUGUUUUUUAUUAUGGGGUACACGGAGAAUCGGUACAGCUAACAUGGUUAACUCCAAUGCUUUUUCACAUAUAGCAAUAUGAGCACUGAUGAUCAUGUCAUAUUCCCACUACAAUAGUGAUGUACUGUACUACAGAUAGAUUUGUUUACACUAGUAUUUAAUACUUGAAUGUUUUGUUUUCCCUUACAUCUAGUAGCACUCCUUUUAAUCCCACUUUGUCCCAUGAAUAUGUCGGACCACAGGAAGUAUGCAUCGAUGAAAAAUGAAGACUUUAUUCUUGAAGUGAAGAUAAGAGUGGACCACUGUGUUCCCGUCUCUAUAUUUAUACGUAUUUUCCUGCCAUUUAAUUUAUCUAAUCAAAUCAAAGAUGUUGGUUAUGAACUUUUGUUAUACAAAUGUAGUUGUUUAGUUAAUAGGAAGGAUGAUAUUUUCCAAUUAAUGUUCUUAUUUAUAGAGAAAUUGAGGCAAAUUUGCUUCUUAUCUUCACAUGAUGCUGCAGUCUUGUUAUAUUUUUGCUCUGGUGGCAUUGUCUUUUUUCCAUUCAUCAUUUCAGUCCAAAAAGUAAUGUUGUGCCAAGCUAAACAUAUUUGCUACUCACCAUCCAUUGUUGGAUUUAUUAACACUACAACUUUUAUUACACAGCAGGUAUUUUCUUUGCACCACAGUUUGUCCCAGUUUGUUUUCUACUGGUAUUGCCAAUACCGUUCCUCUUUGUCAAGUGGAUUUUAAAGAAGGGAUAUUUUAUUUGUGGUUCAUGGUUGGCUGUCAACUUUACACAUUUACAUACACCUCUUGGAUUUUCACGUUUUCAGCAUUUCAUGUUCAAGUUGGAUGAAACACUUUAGGUCUUCUCCUCAUGAAGGUUAAUACUUCUAUAAAAUAUUAAAAACGGAGUACAUUUAUUGGAA